GCUCAUGCAAGCAAAGACCUGGAAGAGCAGUUGCGAUCUGUGUCCAGUGUGGAUGAACUCAUGACAGUACUUUACCCAGAAUACUGGAAAAUGUUCAAAUGUCAGUUGAGGAAAGGAGGUUGGCAACACAACAGGGAACACUCCAGCUUUGACACAAGAUCAGAUGAUUCCCUGAAAUUUGCUGCAGCACACUAUAAUGCAGAGAUCCUGAAAAGUAUUGAUACUGAAUGGAGAAAAACUCAGUGCAUGCCACGUGAAGUGUGUGUGGAUGUGGGAAAAGAGUUUGGAGCAACCACAAACACCUUCUUUAAACCCCCAUGUGUAUCCAUCUACAGAUGUGGAGGUUGCUGCAAUAGUGAAGGACUCCAGUGUAUGAACACCAGCACAAAUUACAUCAGCAAGACAUUGUUUGAGAUCACGGUGCCUCUUUCGCAUGGCCCCAAACCUGUAACGGUCAGUUUUGCCAAUCACACAUCCUGCCGAUGCAUGUCCAAGCUGGAUGUCUACAGACAAGUUCAUUCCAUCAUAAGACGUUCCUUGCCAGCAACACAAACUCAGUGUCAUGUGGCAAACAAGACCUGUCCAAAAAAUCAUAUUUGGAAUAAUCAAAUUUGCAGAUGUUUGGCACAGCAUGAUUUUGGUUUCUCUUCUCACACUGGAGAUACUGACACAUCUGAAGGAUUCCAUAUUUGUGGACCCAACAAGGAGCUGGAUGAAGAAACCUGUCAAUGUGUCUGCAAAGGAGGUGUGCGGCCCUCAAGCUGUGGACCUCACAAAGAAUUAGACAGAUCAUCAUGUCAGUGCAUGUGCAAAAACAAACUUAUCCCUGCUUCAUGUGGGCCCAACAAGGAAUUUGAUGAAGAAAAGUGCCAGUGUGUGUGUAAAAAGACCUGUCCUAAAUAUCAGCCCCUAAAUCCUGCAAAAUGCAUCUGUGAAUGUAUAGAAUCUCCCAAUAAAUGCUUCUUAAAAGGAAAAAGGUUUCAUCACCAGACAUGCAGUUGUUACAGACCACCGUGUACAGUGCGAACGAAACGCUGCGAUGCUGGAUUUUAUUUCAGUGAAGAAGUCUGCCGCUGUGUACCCACAUAUUGGAAAAGACCACUGCUGAAUUAGCCAAGAGAGCACUGCUUGCUAUGUUGGUGUACAUUUUUCCGUUAGAACAAAAGAACAACAGAAACUUUGCUAAUAUUUGGAAUUUAAUGUUCACCAGAGACCCUGUGGGGCUUUCAGAGACAGACUCGUGCUUUUCUCAAGAUGUGGAAAGCAAAUGUAGAAAAUAACUGGGGUUCAUGUUUUGUAAAGAACUCAAUAAGGACUUAUUUUCUGCCAAUGACCAAACAGCCUAGGUUUUCCUUCUUGUGAUUUUUUUAAGAGAUAAUGACUAUAUAAUUUAUUUCCACUAAAACCAUCGUGCAGCAUUUCUGUUUAUAGCAGUAACAAUUGUUAAAGCUCACUGUGAUCAAUAUUUUUAUAUCAUGCAAAGUAUGUUUAAAAUAAAAUGGAAAUUGUAUUAUAUAAGGGUGAGAA